AAGAAGCCACGCCCCCUUUAUUUGGUUUGGGUCCGUUGCUGUAAUAGAAGCUGCAGCUUUAAAAAAAUAAUAAUAAUAAAUUUAAAAAAAAAAAAAACUGCGUGAAACUCCCACUGAAGCGGGCUGGACAUUUAUUUGUGGUGUUUUAGAAAAUGACAAGUAUGAAGAAGAGACGAUGUGAUGACGGGUCUGAAAAACCAGCCGCCGCUCUAAACCUCUCUACAGCCGAGGUUCAGGAGCUGAUCUCCAGAGAGGUGCAGUCUGCCCUGGAGCAGUCCGACAAAAUGAUGAAAGCUCUGAUGGAGAGAAUUCAGGAGGUCGAUAACGAACCCAGAUACGACGCGAGAAUCCGGAAGCUCGAGGCACACGUUAGGAAGGUGAAGCGAAGAGGAGACGCCGUGUUCGCGGACAUACGGAAACGGGGAAUCUUGGAAGCGGGCCAGGAACAGAAUCUCUCCCCGUCACCUGAGAUCAAAAAGGAGGCAAAAAUCCUAAACAUGACCAGUUCUGCUAACGGAGGGAUUUCCGGCUCGUCGAGGACAUCAGGAGACGUCACCAGUGAAGGAGGAGCGACGAGGAAACCUAAAGAAGGCUUCUGGCAGAGUUUGCGCACGAAGAAUCAGAUUGUGGACCUGACAGAUGACGGAGAAGUGUGCAGACAAAAUGGGACCAAGCACAGCGAUUCACCCCAAACAUCAUCACAGGACAACGUGGACAGCAGACCAUCUCCAAUGGAAGGCGGUGAGAUUCCGUGCCCUGUAGUGAUGGAGAAAAAAACACCUGAGGCGCAGGAAGCAGAGGCGGCCCUGCAGUCCAGACUUCCGCCGUUCCCACACACUCCGUUCCCGCACCAGCUUCCCGUCGCGGCCGCCAGCAAAUCCGUGCCUCAGAAGCCCAUCGUGAAAGUGGCACGCAUCAAAAACCCACGAGGAAUCGCGCUGCUCUGGAACGUGGAGGAGGAAGACCCGGACGCCGCCGCCAUGGACUGCUACUACAUCUACGUAACGCAGGAGCGCAACGACGGAACUUUCUCCAAAUGGAAAAACAUGGGCGUGAUCAAAGCCAUGCCUCUGCCGAUGGCCUGCAGGGUGGCGGCCGAACGCGCCGGAGACAAAACGCUGUGUUUCAUCAUCAUCGGGAAGGACGUGUACGGCCGCUACGGUCCCUACAGCGACGUCCACACCGUGUGGGCCGGCGAAACGUGAACUUUACGUAUUUUUAUAAAGUAUUCGUUUUAGUAAAGCAUCAGCGAGACGAGCUGCUCAGCAUAGAACAGACUUUUAAAGAUUACUGAAAUUAGUAUUAAUUCUCUCUUUUUUUUUUUUUUUUUUGUGUAAGGUAAAUUGUUUGAUAUUAUUACAAUAAAAUGUAUUCUACUGAUGAAAUUCUCUACUUUCUCAGUGAAACCUGGUUUAUACGAGACCACAGCUAAACAUCUGCAGUUAUACGGACAUGCGUUUAAAGCUGGAAAAUGGGCAGGCAG